GCGGGCGACUGGCCUCGCCUGCGGGUUCCGCUGUCGCGUUGGCCCCGGGGGGGGGGGGAUUCCGCGCAUGCGCAGCGCCGCCGGGCCCGCCGCCGCGGGGGUCCCGCUGCCGCCAUGACCAACGUGUACUCGCUGGACGGGCUGCUGGUGUUUGGGCUGCUCCUGGUGUGCACCUGCGCCUACCUGCAGAAGGUGCCGCGCCUCAAGGCCUGGCUGCUCUCUGAGAAGCGCGGUGUGUGGGGCGUCUUCUACAAGGCGGCUGUCAUAGGCACCCGGCUGCACGUGGCUGUCGCUGUCUCCUGUGUCCUCAUGGCUUUCUAUGUUCUGGUGGUGAAGUGACCCCGUAGGGACCCACCGGCAACAGCACCGACGACGACCAGAGAUCCCAGUACCGCUCCAGUUACCCCAGUGCCAGGGGUAACUCCCUACCCCAGGGAGCUGCCAUGGCCCAGCACCCCGUUGAAACCCACCUCGUCUUCAGUGGGGCCGGGCGAUGAUGGGCGCCACGGGACGCCUUGGAAGGGGGUGCAGUGGAGCCCGGGGCUCGGGGUGCCAAUCCCCGGUGAGAGGGGAGACGCGGCCGUGCCCUGUGAGAGCCUUCUCCCGACGCCAAAUGCCAUGUCCUGGCAGAUCCGCGGCUCUGGGCAGCUUGUGGGGAUGGUGUGACUUCCUGCUGUGGGGACUUGGGGGGGCCGACAGGGCCCCUCCUCACCAGUCAGGGUUCCCCACUCCCCCUGGGAGCACAUGGGCUCCCUCGGCAGGGGUCUCACCCCUGUAGCUGUGGGGUUUGUAACCCCCCAGUUUUGUAAACGCGGGACCAGGAUGUGCAAAUAAAGUGGGGGUUCCCCUGCAAGCA